CGCUUUAAAAAUAUCCCGCUCUCUGUUAUUUACCUUACUAGCCUCCGAAUCUCCCUCCCUCCCCCAUACCUCAUAUAUCUAUCUAUCUAUCUCCUCUCCGUUUUCAUCAUUCGCUUUUCCAUCUUCUCUGGGUUUAGAUCAAUUCUCCUCUGCGAGAAUGAGAGAAAUCUUGCAUAUCCAAGGAGGCCAAUGCGGGAACCAAAUCGGUUCCAAGUUCUGGGAAGUGAUCUGCGACGAGCACGGCGUGGAUCCUACUGGCAGGUACCAAGGCGACGGCUCGUCGGAUCUUCAGUUGGAGAGGAUCAACGUCUAUUACAAUGAGGCGUCGGGAGGGAGAUACGUCCCUAGGGCGGUUCUGAUGGAUCUGGAGCCAGGAACCAUGGAAAGCAUCAGAUCUGGGCCGUACGGCCAGAUCUUCCGCCCUGACAACUUCGUCUUCGGCCAGUCCGGCGCCGGCAACAAUUGGGCCAAAGGUCACUACACCGAAGGAGCCGAGUUGAUCGACUCAGUUCUCGAUGUUGUCCGCAAAGAGGCCGAGAAUUGUGACUGCUUGCAAGGUUUUCAGGUAUGCCACUCUCUUGGAGGCGGAACUGGAUCUGGCAUGGGAACACUUCUUAUCUCGAAGAUCAGAGAGGAAUACCCAGACAGAAUGAUGCUCACAUUCUCAGUUUUCCCUUCUCCAAAGGUCUCCGACACCGUUGUGGAACCAUACAAUGCCACCCUCUCAGUUCAUCAGCUGGUCGAAAAUGCCGAUGAAUGCAUGGUUCUUGACAACGAAGCACUUUAUGACAUUUGCUUCAGGACUCUCAAGCUCAGCACUCCAAGCUUUGGUGACCUGAACCACUUGAUCUCGGCAACUAUGAGUGGAGUAACUUGCUGCCUAAGGUUCCCUGGUCAGCUUAACUCGGACCUUCGCAAACUAGCUGUCAAUCUGAUCCCCUUCCCACGUCUCCACUUCUUCAUGGUGGGGUUUGCGCCUCUCACUUCUCGUGGAUCCCAACAAUACAUCUCCCUCACUGUGCCUGAGCUUACUCAGCAAAUGUGGGACUCCAAGAACAUGAUGUGUGCGGCAGACCCCCGCCACGGCCGGUACCUCACUGCCUCGGCCAUGUUUAGAGGGAAAAUGAGCACCAAGGAGGUGGAUGAACAGAUGAUCAAUGUGCAGAACAAGAACUCUUCCUACUUUGUGGAGUGGAUUCCAAACAAUGUGAAAUCAAGCGUUUGUGAUAUCCCACCUAAGGGGCUAAAAAUGGCGUCUACUUUCGUCGGGAACUCGACGUCGAUCCAGGAGAUGUUCAGGAGAGUGAGCGAGCAGUUCACGGCCAUGUUCCGCCGCAAGGCUUUCUUGCACUGGUACACAGGGGAAGGUAUGGACGAAAUGGAGUUCACUGAGGCAGAGAGUAACAUGAACGAUUUGGUCGCAGAGUACCAGCAGUACCAGGAUGCCACUGCUGAUGAAGAGGGUGAAUAUGAAGAAGGUGUUGAAGAGAGCUAUCAAGAAUAAAAUCGUAGAACCGAUUUGUGCCAUAUUUUCCUUUCACCUUCUUUUCCGUUUGCUUAUCAAACUGUCAUGUAAUUUACUUCUGCCCCGUGUUUUCUUGCCGUGUAUUUUUUGCUUUCCAUUUGUUUGUUAUAUUCUAUUUCUGAAGACAAUGUUUGUUGCUGUU